UAUCAGACUGGUCAUAAAGUGGAUUGUGCGCAUUUUGACGGCCGUAAAGAUGAAAUCUAUAAUCCUCUUAAUUAUCUCGCGAUUUUUAUUACUUGGCGCCUUGCCCUUUUUUAAAAGGGCCAAUUAUGAUUGGUUUUGGGACAAAGAUUUCAGGGAUAAUACAGAAUACGACAAUGACCCGGCUAGAGAAUUCUUUAGGAGGAGCACUACACGUCGCCCUCAUGAAGUGGUCACACAACCAGAUUACGACCACACUGCCGGACCAGAUGAUACUAAACAAGACGAUCGCACAGCUGAACCAGAUUAUUAUACCACAGAAGAAUAUACAAUAGAACCAGAUUAUAAUCCAGAAGAAACUUCAUACGUACCAGACUAUAACACAGAGGAACCAGUUACAGAACCCGACUAUUAUACAGGGGAACCAGUGACAGAACCCGACUAUUAUACAGGGGAACGAGUGACAGAACCCGACUAUUAUACAGGGGAACCAGUGACAGAACCCGACUAUUAUAACACAGCCCAAUCUGAUGAACCAGACUAUGAAAUCACUACAGCAGUACCAGAUAACGCAGAAGAUGACAAAAUACGAAACAAAGCGUAUUAUGAAAAACGCAAAAAACAGGCUCUAAGAUGUGAAGGCAACGAGCACGUUACGUUGAAAAUGGAUGAAAUUGGCAACCCCAACUGCCAAAUAUGUACGUGUAACGGUGAAGGAGUGUUGCUAUGCUCCAGUGUCUUGUGCUCGGACAAUGGUUUAGAAGUCGGGGAGGACCAUGAAAAAUUGUUGCACAACUCUGAUAGCACGAUCAGUCUGAUCUUGCGCGAAUACGCGACUGACUGUAAGCCAGGGAUAACCGUGCAUGCUCAACAAUGUACUUGUUCCUGCGUCCUUCCGAGCGUGAUGUCUUGCCCGAAGGAAUGUUUCUAUGCGGACACCGACGACGUCACCGUCGCUAGUGACGUCAUAGAAGGGAUAACAAUUACGCAGGAAGGAGAAGUGUUUAAUGGUGACGCGACAGAGAGCAAAAGUACUAAAGCGUAAUAUACGAAAGGCUAAAUUUGUACGCGAAAUGUGCAAUUAAAUUGGUUUGUGACC